GAGCCCGAGCAUGCAGUGCCGAUGUUGGGAGAUUCGAAGGCGUUACUUCCAGCCUUGGCCAGCCCGACCAGUGUUGCUUGCUUCCAGUCCAUGGACCCCUCCCAACUCGCAUUCAUCAAGCAGCUCAUUCUAGAUGCAGAAGCAAAGCACAACGAAGGCACGGGCACAGCAAGCACUGCCAAGCGCCCAGACCCACCCCUUGACACGAGCACCCCUUCAGCUCCACAUGAUGCCCGCCCCACAGCAGACAGCACCGAGAUGGAGAGCAAACCUGAUCCCACCACUGCAGAGAACAAAGCCCCCCCCGCUGUCCCAAUUGCUACGCCUUGUCGUGCACCCCAUCCACCUGCCCCUACCGGGACUUCAGAAGCUGCCGCCCCAAAUGACAAGGAAGCAUUGCCAGACGGCGAGAACAGUGGUCAACCCAGCGAAAAGUUGAAACAGUUUUGGUCAAAAUUUGUGGUUAGCCCCCAGGCCGGGAAUUCAACUUCCACACCGCAAGCAAAAGCUCCGAGAGCUGACGUGCCCACGCCUGCAACCACAGCUCUUGACAGCACCACCCCAGAAAGGACUGAUGAGCCCACGCCUGCCGCCCCAGAAAGGACUGAUGAGCCAAUGCCACCUGCCCCAAGCCAAGCCCUGCCCGUCCCAGAGCCUCUUCCUGCAAGAGAACAAAUUCGCACAAGGUUGAUGAAGUUGGACAGCCAACAGUAUGGAACUUUGAUUGAAGAAGCAACCGCCCAUCCACUUUGGUCCGAAUAUUUCCAAAGCGCAAAGCAAACCUCGGAUGAGCUUGAAGACAUGAUCAACUGGAUCAUGUAUCGUGAUCAGCAGCAGCAAGAGCAACAUGCCCUUCUCCACAAGCCCACGCUUAUCCUUGGAGAACCUGACCCCGAUGAAGCAAUGGUGGCCCCAGAUCCUGCGGCAAAGCCUACUGAGCCUGCGCCAACACAGCCGAACAUUCACAUGCCCACAGCAGUGCCAACAGCAACUCCUGACUGUGUUCAAGCCGCGCUUUUGAGAGCGACAACAGUUGACCUCAACACUCCGCUGCAGACCGCUGCACCUGUCACAGCCCCAGCCCCUGAAGAGAAACAACACAGUUCAGCACCAGCCGAUGCCAAGCCCGAAGCAAAAGAGGAAACAAAGCAGACAGCACAGCAAGCGUUUUCAACACCAGGGGUAGCAGCAAAGCCGAGUGAACCUGCAGAGCCGACACCUGAAGAACUCCAGAAAAGAGCCGCAAAGUUGAAAGUCCGCGCCAUUAGGGGAAAGUUCCAUCGCUCAAUUCGAAGCAAGUAUGCACCGCCAGAAGUGGUGGCAAAGCACAAGGAAGCGGCAGUCAGUUCAGAUCCUAGUCGUGACCAGAAAGCUUUCACACAGCUUUUCGAAGAUUGGCUUCAGUCGGGCCAAGAUUGGCUGAAGUCAAGCAUUGUCAUGAGUGCUCGCACCGAGAAAGAGAAUGCUUUGAAAGGCCAGUGGAAGCUUAUGUCCAAAGCAGACUUGGAUUUGAAAUACUGCAACCCGGAUCUGGUGGACGACCUGAUUGAGCGCAAGAUUGAAGAGAAGAUGACGGCUGAGAACCCGGACUUCCCUGGGAAGAAGGAGAAGGACAUGCUCCUUUAUUGGUGUUGGGAUUGCACAACAUCAACCAAUGUGGAACGCAACGCGUCGAGCUUCACAUCGUCGUCUACGGGCGGUAUCCGGAACGAAGAUGCAAUGGCUUUCAGAGGGGGCAACAUGCCCAUGCUUCCCGACCCUGAAAAUCCCAAGGGGAUUGGCAAGGGUGACCCAGAGGUGACGGAUGCAAAUGGCAAAGGGGCUGGCAAGGGCGGCAAGGGUGGCAAGGGCGGGGGCGGGGCGAAGCCGCCUCGCAAGCCGAAGGGGGGGAAGGGCGAGGAUGGGUCUGUGAAGACCAAAACCCCAGAGCAAGAGUCGCGAGCAGCCGCAAUUGCUGCCGGAAAGGAGGGUGACAGCUUGCUGCAGCUCAACCAAAAACUUGCUGAGAAGGUUGCAGACUACAAGAAAGCAGCGGGCCACUGUAAGAAACAUGCCCCGAAAGCAAAGCCAAAGGCUUCUGCUAAGUCUGCGGCAGCGCCGCAGCCGUAG